CGUAAGCGCCGCUUAUUGUGGAGCCCAGUGCAACGAACGAACUCUCAUUUUCUUGACUAUCCAAAUUCCCAUUGAAACUCUAGAAACUUCAUCUUCUUCUUCUUCUUCUUCCUCACUCUUCAUCUUCCUCUUCCUCAGUAACAAGAUAACUUCAACCAUUUUAUUUUUCUGUAGUUAAAUCAUGGAUUCUGAGGCUUCUCACAAGCUAAAAUUUUGUGGUGAUGAUGAUGGGAACUUGCAUGUUAAAUGGCUCACUUCUUGUGAAGAAAAAACAUCCCAUUCAGAUGUGACAAAACAUGUAUCUUGUCAAGACUUUGAAUCUGAAGAUUAUGAUGUUGAUGAUGUUCACUUGUCACCAAGGUUUUCCCCGAUUUCGUGUUUGGAAACAUAUAGUUGUAAAUGUGACGAUUCCAGGGAUGUUACUACACUUCCAGUUAAGAGGCUAUUGAAUCAACCCAGUUCCUUGAACAUUUCUGUUAAGAAAUCCAAGGUGUCACCAUAUCAUGAUCACAACGAAGACAAUGAUGACAUUCUGUUGUCAAAUAUAAUUGAAAGUCCGGGCGAAUCAGCUGAUGAAUCAUUUUCCUUGUUGAAGAAAGAACUAAGAUUGUUAGAAAAAUUGAUUAUGGAAUGCAAAAGGAAGAGACAUGUGGAAGAGAUGAGACUGCAGUGCAUGAAGAGAGAGAUCGAAGAGUGUUGGAAAGAGCUUGUAAAUAAGAAGAAGCAAGUUGGUUGUGUGAGAAGAAUUAACGAAAUUCACGACAAAAUGCUGGGAAAAGUUGAAAGUAAGGAAGAGGGACUCAAGGCUCUUACUCAAAAAGUUGCUAAAUGUAAUAUGGAACUUGAGUCCAAAGAGAAAGAGCUUGAUUCAAUGAAAAUACUGGUUAGCAGACAAGCAGAAAUAUUAGAGUCCGAAAGGAAGAAGUUACUAAAGGUAAUAUCAAUCAGACAGAAUGAUCCACAUGCUCGAAUGAAAGACUUUGCGUCAAAGAAGAAGCGAUUUGAAGAUCAGGUCAAGGAACUUGAGUCAAAACAGAAGCAAGUUGAAGGAAGGGCAAUGGAGCUAAACUCAAAAGAGAUGCAACUUGAAGUCCGGGAGAAUGAGUUUAAAUCAAAACUGGAGAAAUUUGAAGGCCAAGAGAAGGAGCUUGUAUCAAAACAGAAGCAUUUUGAAAGCCGAUUGAAGGAGUUAGAGUCAAAGGAGAAUCACUUAGAAGGACGAGUAAAGGCAUCGGAAUCAAGAGAGAAGCAGCUGGAAGCUCAUGUGAAACAGUUCAAAUCAAAGAAGGGGGAACUUGAAUAUUGUAUAAAGCAGAUUGAAUCAAAAAAGAAGCUUUUCAAAAACUGGGUGAAGGAGCUUGAAUCAAAAAAGAAGCAAGUUGAAGGACGGGCAAUGGAGCUAGAGUCAAAAGAGAUGCAGCUUGAAGGCCGGAAGAAGGAGUUUGAAUCAAAAGAGGAGAAAUUUGAAGGCCAGAUGAAGGAGCUGGAAUUUAAAAAACAGCACAUUCAAAGCCAAUUGAAGGAGUUGGAGUCAAAAGAGAACCAACUUGCAGGACGAGUGAAGGAGUUUGAAUACAAAGAGAGGGAACUGGUAUCAAAACAGAAGCAUAUCGGAAGCCGAAUGAAAAAACUUGAUUCAAAAGUGAAGCAACAUGAAGCCCGAGUGAAGGAGCAUGACUUAAAAGCAAAGGUACUCGAAGGUCGAGUUAAGGAGCUCGAAUCAAAAAAGAAAUAUUUUGACAGUCAAGUUGAGGAUUUCAAAUCAAAAGAUAAGCAAUUUGAUGAACGGUGUAAAGAAUUGAAGUCAAAAGAGAAUCGGUUCAAAGUAAAGGUGAAGGAGUUCAAGUUAAAAGAGAAGCAGAUUGAAGGACAAGUCAAGGAACUUCAGUCAAAGUCGAUUAAGUUUGACGGACAAGCGAAGGAGCCUGAGUUGAAAGGGAAACAAUAUGAAUCUGACAUUGUAGGUUUUGUUGAGAAUCUUAUCAAGAGACAAGAAUAUGAUGAAGCUGUUAGAUUUAGUCAUGCGUAUAACUUCAGCAACAGUAAUCAACUAGUUGAUCUAUUCGAAGAGCAUGUGCAGAAUCUAAAACUAAUUUCUGAGAGCAUUUGCAAGGGAACCAACUCCAUUGAAAUUAAGGAAAAGGCUAAAGAUCAAGAAGUUGCUAGUCUCAUUGCUGUUCUACAAUGCAUUGUAGAUAACAACCUAGAAUCCCAGGAUCUACUUAACAAGAUUGACGAUCGUAUUAUUGAGCUGCAGUAACAGAAUGGCAACUAGUGUUUUUACUGGAACCUGUGAGUGCCAUCCUCCAAAUAGGCAGCAGAUGUAAAAAUAUGUGGUAGAGAAGGUAAUGUAUUAUUUUAAGAAAUAUUACAACAUUCGUCUCAUACCUAACUCUUUCGUCUUUUAAAUCAGGAAAAAAGAAGAUAAAAGACGAAAAUGUUAAAUUAACUUAAGCGAUGAAUUUUGUAAUUUUUCCAUUAUUUUAUUAAAGUCAUAGAAUCUAUUCAAAGAUUUCAAAGCUAAAUAAGGUUGAAGUUUCUUCCCAGGAAUUUGAGAUGUUCAUGUAAUAGCUCAAAAUUUUCUUUUUUCUAGUCAAGUCAAAGUUU